GAUCAUGGCUCCUCGGGUCAAGGGUAAAGGUGUCAAGGGUCAUAGAAGUUCUCGCACCACUGCCGCAGCCGCUAUUUCAACCACCUCCACCUCUUCUGGGACUUCGGUUGUGCCAGAUUUUCAGUCAGGAUCACUUAGCCAGCAACCGUAUUUGAUGGUACCUAAUCCAGGCUACACGGGUCUUCCUCCACCAAGUUGGCCUACUCCAGGAUGUAUGGGUCCCCCUCCUCCACCCCCUCCUCCAAUUUCGAUUCCUCCUCUGCUUCGCAAUUCCAGUCUAUUAGUUGAUUCAAAGACACCUGGAAGCUCUAGUACAUCUCCUCCAUCAGAGACUGCAUCGGUUCCUAAUAUUGUCACAAAAGAAAGAUUGGUUCCUGAUGGAAAAACAAGUUGGUUACCUUUCCCUCCUGGUUCUCAGAAGAUUACAGAGAUCAUCAAGAAACAAUAUGAUAAACCGUACAAAAAGUUUGGAGAUGUCCCUCUUCUGACAAAGAAGCUUUGGUUUAAGGAGUGGAAGGUAAAAGUGUUGGAUUGAAUAAAAUUAUUUUGGAUUGAAUAUUGUUCAUGUGAUUUGAAUCUUAUAAGUAGCAACUUGAUGAGUAUGUGCAGAGCCACUUUCUUAUUGAUGAUGAUGAUGAUGAGUUUUUCUAGAGGGCUUUCAAGUAUAGGACAAGUAAGCGAUUUAGCCAAAUGAUGUCAGAUAUCCGUGAGGGUGUGGAUACAACCCACGAAUGGCUAAUUCCUGCUUACAAAAAGGUGUUGGAAAGGUAUUGGGAAACAGAUGAAAAAUAGAAAAAUAUAAGAAAAAAAGCAAGAGAGAAUCGAGCGUCACUCUUAGGUGGUUCUGUCCAUUGCGGUGGUUCUAUUCCAUUGAGCUCAACUAUAGAGAGGAUGAAGAAGUAGUUGGGU